GGCUACUCGCAUCUAGGGAAGGUGCUCAUCCCGGGUGGUUUGACCGGGAUCGUCCCCGAGGAAGCCUGACCUGGACACGAAACCCCUUUCUGCCGUAAAGUCUCGGCUCACUGGGGGCAAGUUCGCAUGACACGUGAGCAACGGAUUCAGUGGGUCGUGGGAAUCGAAUCGUUUGUCCACGAGAUGGGUCAACGGUGAACUUGGGCAGUGGUUUACAGGUGAUAUCCUGAUAUGCGUUACCCUUCUCAAACAAUUCCGGCUAGCGACACGAAUGAGGAUAUAGUUUAGCCCGGAAUUUGAGAAAAUGGCCAGAGUUAAACAACGGCGCCAAAAAUGGAGAUCCGGAACACAAUCCUCGUCAAAGGAGAAAAAACACAUUGCGUUGACAUCUUCAUCCAGUCUUUCUUCAAAAGUUUUGCCGGCCAACAGGUCUCCAGUUGUCCUCCCUAGCCAAAGAUGGCCAUUCUCUUCCUGGCUUUUAGCUUUUGGAGACAUAUUAGAAUCCUUCAAACAUAUCCUGGGUGCUGCGGUUAGUUGGUGUUGGUGGUGCCAGAGACACGUUGCACAAAUUUUUCACUUCUUUCUGAGCACACCAUUUCCUUCGCACACGUACCUGGAGGAGCUGAAGGAGCUCAGGGCCGAAGUCAAAAACCUGAAAAGGGACGUGGCUGAGCUGCAGUCAAUUCUCCAAAAUGGAGGCACUUCUGUGGGAAACCCGCCUUGCCAGCUCUCUCCAAACCUGUUAUCAGCUUCUGCACAUACACAACUCUGCGUUGCACAACCUGCACCUUUACUUCCACCCCCCCCCCCGGCACCCCUUGGAUUCAAAAGACGGAGUGACCCAAAGGCUGCCCCGUUAAAAAAAGAGGUCCCCCUGCAAAUAACAGCCCAGGAUCUUCUGAACGUGAAGCUGAAGAAGACUAAGAGUGAAGCAGCGAUGGACAAGGAAACAUCCCCAUCCAAGGGAGGCAAGGCGCUGGUUACUCUCCGGGAUCUGCAGAGCAUCCGUCUCCAGCCCAAAGCCCCCCAGACGCUUCCUCGGGUCACACAUUUUCUCAACACUCCCAACAGAGACGGUUUAGAUUUCCGGAAACACUUGAAAAAAGUCGCUAUUCAAAGGAGUCCAGGGGGAACCCCAAUGAAUAACAAAGAAAACAUGGAGACUGGCACAGGAUUGACCCCACUGAUGACCCAGGCUCUCCGGCGCAAAUUCCAGCUGGCUCACCCAAAGAGUCCAUCUCCUUCCUGCUUACCUACAAGAAACACUUUUCAAGAACCGAGCUAGAAGAUCUGGUCGUGUCUAGAAGCUUCUACAAAGGAUACAUCGCUGCUCGGAGGAACAAUAUGGACCGAGGAACAGGGAUUUCCUUGGGCCUGUUUUUGGCAUGCUGGAAUAUGCUUUUUUCCCUCCGUCCUGCUUUUUUUUAAAAGAAACUUUCUGUAGCAACGCAUUAGUACUGAAAGGCCCUUAAAAUAAUAUCCAGACCUUACCUUCUCAUCCCACUGGGCAUUCAAAACUCCUUGGAUGAAGCUGCUUUGACUUUAAAAGCUUUUGCCAUUUUUACCUGGCUUUGAGCUGCUCUUUCACAAAGUUUACACACCCUCCCUCGAUAUAUUUUUAAAUGAAGACUUUUUUUGGUGAGGGGUUGACAUAUGUCGAUCCGAAGAAAUAGCACUGUUUUUCCUGAGAUUGCAAGAAUCCUAUUUAUUCUUGGCUCACUGUGUUUGCAACUAAGCUGUGCGCGCGCAGAAAUUUGUAUACACCAGGGAUCUGCAACCUGAAACACUCAAAAGAGCCAUUUGGACCCUCUUCCCACAGAAAACACCGGGGGCCAAUAAUUUUAACAACCAGUAUGACUGGGUGGGCGUGGCCAACUCGAUGUCACUCACUCCGAUCCAGUCACUUCCU